GCGAACAAAUCAGAAAAGAAUCGACGAACAAGAGGAACACAAAAAGAGAGUUUUUUUCCCCAUUGUGUGUGUACAAAUCGCGAAAAAAUAUGGCCGCAAAUGGUCGAUAGAAAAUUCCAAUUCAUUUUCUCGUCGAAUUGCGUUUGAAAAAACAAUAUAAAAAACAUUGAAUUUAACUAGGAUUUAAGACAAUUUAAUCGAAAUUGCAUAAAAAGUGAUAGCCAUUCUGUUCUACAUUCACCACAAUCGAAGCAAUCAAUACAAUAAAAGCAAGUCGUGAAGUUGGUGACAAAAAAUAUAAGAGUACCCUUCUUUUGUUCUCAAAGAAUUUUUAACUUUACGCAUUGAAUGUGGUUUCUUUUUUUCGUUGGUUACGAUAUUAGUUAUUGCGCACAUUAAAACAAAUCGAUAAAUUAUAUGCACAAUUUGUGGAAAAAUUGAUGUGGUGUGGUGGAAAAUACAUGAAAAUUUACGCCUUUUUGUGUUGAGCAAGUGUAUAUUUUCAAAGUAAAAAAAAAAUUAUGUCAUCAUCAUCAUCAACAUCAUCAUCAUCGCUACAUUUUGUGGUUCAUCCAUUACCAUCGGGCAGUGAGGACCAAUUGAAUGAUAGAAUUCGUGAAGUUGCCGAUAAAAUAAAUAAAUAUGGUGCACAAAGUCCUCAAGCGUUGCAAUCGUUGAAAACACCAGUAAAACAAAUAGUCAUUGGACCAUCACAUUUGGGUCUACUGCUUGAAGAUGGUCGUGCACUACGAGUUGCAUUUACCGUUAUCGCUGAGCGUUUAGACUUGAGCAAAUCAGAACCAAACAAAGGAAAUGCUGGUGGAGCUGGUUCGUCAAAUGCAAACAAUGCAUCGGCAAAUGCAAAACAGAGUUCGGCGAAUACGUCACGUCAGUUGGCUCGUUCGCGUGCACGCAUCAUGCGAACAACAUCGGUUCGUAACAAUGGCAGCGGCAGUCAAGCUGGUUCUGGCUCCAGUUCACGUGGCACAGGUGUAAUUAUUGGCAGCGGUUCAUCAGGAAGACCAUUGGUUACCGUGCCAGCACCAUUCGUUCCAGAAGAAUUAGUUUCGCAAGCACAAGUUGUUUUGCAGGGCAAGAGUCGCAAUGUUAUCAUUCGAGAAUUACAGCGUACAAAUUUGGAUGUUAAUUUAGCCGUUAAUAAUUUGCUAUCGCGUGACGAUGAAGAAGGUGAUGACACGGAAGAGGGCAGCGAUAAUUAUGCACCGGAAGACUUAAUAUCGUUGUUAGACAACAGUUUUCAUUCAGACAACAGUGUUAUUAUUGACGCAGACACUAUGUUCUCAGAUGAAAUGUUCGGUUAUUCUAGCAUUCGCAAUUUAUUAUACAGUCGGGUUCGGAACGAUCGCAAUCAACUGAGUAAUAGUAACAAUGCUGGUAGUGGAUCCAAUGCGAAUAGCAAUGCAAAUAGUAGUGCCAAUUUAGGCGGAACAUCGAACGAUAAUGCAUCUGGAAGUGGUCGAAGUGGAGGCGCAUCAAAUCCAGAUGGUGCCGGUGGUUCCAGCAGCAGCGCUGUAGAUCGUGAUUCGUUCAGUCGUUGGCGUGAUCGGCAAUAUUAUGGACCAAGACGAUGGUUUCAAAAUUCACGCGAAGAAACACAAUGGGAAAAAGAUAACGAUUCAAAAAAGAAAGACUCAUCAUCUGGAUUACCAUUAUGGAUAUCAGAUGAUUUGGAAUUGUGGCCAGAACGUGAUUCACCGGUUCGGUUCACACACAUUGCCGCCUUACAUUCAGAAUUUAUCGCAAUUUCAACGAAAGGCGAACUACAUCAAUGGCGAUGGUCAGAUAGCGAACCGUAUAAAAAUCAUGAAAAUCCAAGCAUUUUUCAUCCAAAAACACAAUCGUUGAAUUUAAUCUAUGAAAAAGUGUGUCAAAUAUCAGCUACAUCGAUUCGAUGCACCAUUGCAACCGAAAGUAAUCGGGUCGCAACAUGGAUGGAUGAAUUGCUUGGUCACAGUGGCAAUAAGCUCGAACAUGCUGCCACAUUAUUUCCAGAAUUUGUAAACGAAAGAAUUCAUUCAUUGUACACAUGUACACUUUAUACGGUCGUGCGUACGGAAAAUAAUGGUCUUUAUUGGUGGGGUGUGCUACCAUUUGAACAGCGCAAACGUUUAUGGGAAAAACAUAAUCGUUCAAAGUCGAACGUUGUUCAUUCACAGGCCAAGUCGAAGAAACCAAUUCGCUCAAGCGCCAGUUCAGCUGAAUUGACUGUUGGCAGUCAGGUGUGCAUGAAAAAUAGUCCAAUGUAUCAACCAGGCGCAAUUGGAUUCACCAUUUCGAAUGGCGUUCCAAAAGUGGGACAAUUGUUAAACUCAGCUUGGGACCUAACUGAUAUGUGUCGCUUUAAAAUUAUCACCGUAUCAUCUUCAAAUAUUACUAGCUCAAUUCCAUCAAGCAGCUUGACGUCAAGUGAUUUGAAAGAUUUGGUCGAGAAAGGUGGCAAAGCUGCAAGUGGCGGAGGUACAAGCAGUGUAGCAAAACCCAGUGCAAGUGGAAGCAACAAAGAAACAGCAGAUCGUUUGGAUAUGCCACCACCACCGUCGCCCGCUUCAAGCACAUGCAGUGAUACAGGUAGUGUGAACUCACACAAACGAGCAAAACGAGCCGCACCCAAAGAAGAAAGCGACCCGAAAAAAGAUGAAGAACAAUGGAUGUUGAAAGAUGUGGUUUUUGUCGAAGAUACACGUUCAGUGCCAAUUGGUCGUAUUUUAAAAAUCGAUGGUCAUUAUGCAGCCGUUCGAUUCCCAACAUCAUCCGGUUCUGAGUCAAAAGAUGAUGCAGAUGCAUGGCAAGAUUGUCGUCUGAUGAAAAAAGAAGAUUUAAUGUCAGUAAAAUCGGCAACUGCAUCUCGUGUACCAGAAUGUUUCCAAAAGACACCCAGACGCGUUUCGUUGACAACAUCAACGGCAGGCGUAGCCGAUACCGCACCACAACAAAUCCUAACCAUUUCGGUUGACACAAAAGGAAUACAUGCAAUCGUACGAACUGGCUCAAAAUUACAUUAUUGUUUGCAUAAUUUAAAUACCGGUCGAUUGGAGCAUGACAGCAGCUUUCCAACUGACAUAAAUGCCUUCUUGGGCCUAUCGCAGAACAAUGUAUCGCUAACAUGCGCCAAUGAAACAAACGAUAGCGUUUUAAUUUUACGUGAUGGCAACAGCACCAUUUAUCCGCUAGUUAAAGAUUGUUUGGAUGCAAUUCGUGAUCCGCAUUGGUUAGACUUACAACCGAUUAAAUGUUUAGCAGCAACAACAAUUACAUUGAAUUCGGUUGGUGCGAAUAUGAAAUCACAAAUUGCCAUUUUGGCUUUAGUUCCCGAAACACAAUUGCUUAUGCAACGUAUUUUAAGAUGUGACUUUAAAGGAUUCAAAACAAUAUUGAAUCAAAUUGAAUCGAGCGCCGAUGCAAAAGGUCAAAUCAAUUCAAUUUUGAAUGAACGAUGCGAUGGAAAUCGAAAUAUUAUCCAUGCAUGUGUGUCAAUGUGUUCGCCAACCAGUAACAAGGAUAACGAUGACUCAAAUAAUUCGAAUCUACCCGCUUCGAAUUUGAGUAGUAGUAAUAUGGAUUGUAAUUUAGACACACAAUUCCCAUGCUAUCAAAUUCCAUCGGCUAGCAGUAAUCUAAGAGACAAUCGUGUGAGUUUACGUGAAAUGAUGCGUCGUGCCCGUGACAUUGACUCACUGGCAAGCAAUUCAAAUAUCAAUGCUCCGUCACAAGAUGAAUCGAAUUCGUUCCCUGCAUACUGGCCAGCUGAAUUGGAAUUGAAUUCGGGUGACGAGGAUAGUAUGACCGGAAUGAAGAAUAAAAUUACACGCGAACGUUCCAGAGAAGUUGCCUUUGUAUCAGAUCCGGCUGAACGUCGUGAAAAUGCAACACUGAUUCUUGGUCAAAUUUGCGGAAGUCCAGUUUUUCAACCAUAUUUGAAGCAAUUGCUUUCCGCCAAAGACGCACAAGGUCAGACUCCAUUCAUGUUAGCGGUUUCAUCUCGAGCAUAUCAAGCUGGUAAAAAUCUAUUGAAUGUUAUACAACAAGUGGCAAAUGGUGAUGCAAAUCUUCGUGAUGCAAUGAUCUUCCCACAAGGAUCAUCGCCCGACCAAUCACCAUUGUAUGUUUUGUGCUGUAAUGAUACAUGCUCAUUCACAUGGACCGGUGCCGAUCACAUAAAUCAAGACAUUUUUGAGUGUAAAACAUGCGGUCUGACUGGAUCACUGUGCUGUUGCACCGAAUGUGCAAAAGUCUGUCACAAAGGUCACGACUGUAAACUGAAAAAGACAUCGCCAACGGCAUAUUGUGAUUGUUGGGAAAAAUGUAAAUGCAAAGCACUUGUGGCUGGUAAUCAGAAAAAACGAUUUGAACUAUUAGAAAAACUUGUGGCUGAAACUGAUUUGGUGCGACGUGUUAACUCACGCAACGAACCAAUUUUAUUGUUUCUCAUUCAAACGGUGGGUCGUCAAACAAACGAACAACGUCAAUAUCGUUCACGUGCACGAAACACAACUGGCAAUCGAAAAACACCAUCACUUGAUACCGAAAAUGAUAUGCCCGAUCAUGAUUUGGAACCGCCACGUUUUGCGAAAAAAGCUCUCGAUCAUAUGCUUGCUGAUUGGAAUGCGGUCAAAGCAAUGAUCAUGACAGCCGCCGAUCAAGAGCUUGUAUCGGGUUCGGGUUCAAGCAACAAUCGUCUUGACGAAGAAGAUCGAAAUGCAUCGUUACAAGGACAAAGUGGCACAACUUUACUAGAUAAAUUCACACACAGUUUAUUCGUUCGAUGCAAUGGCGAUCCAUUGGACACAUUGCUCAAUACAUUGAAUAGAGAAUUGCAAAAUGCAAGAAUACCGAAUCGAAUUGAUGAAGCACACAAGGUUGCAAGACGUUUUAUUCGUUCAGUGGCCCGGGUAUUUGUUGUAUUCAGUUUGGAACGAGCACCAAAUCCAGAAAAGAAAACCAGCUCCACACAAAUGAAACACAUUCAAACGUGUCGACGUGUUUUCCAAAUGUUGAUCAAAAUCUCGAUUGAAGAACUUAUCGAUACAGCCGAUGCAUUAAUUGCUCCGGUUCGAAUGGGUGUUGUUCGACCAACAGCACCAUUUUCAUUAACAUCAUCAACAACCGAUAGUGCCGAUGAUUUAUUCAGUGUUGAACCAUUGGCACCGUCUGCAGCGCGCGAAAUUGACGGUAGUCGCUUGUCUACAUUGAGAGCCGAAAUUGAUAAUGUUAGUUUGGGUGCACGGUUAAGUGAACGAUUCCGAAAUUUAGACGAUGCCAUGGACAAUGAUGCAGUCAUUGAUAAUGCUGCCGAUGAUGGUGAUGCUUCUGAACAAGAUGAAACACACUCUGAACGUGAUCGCCACAAUUCAACGCGUUCAAAUAACGACGAAGAUGCAUUACGAAAUGAUGAAGUUGUACCCGAAGGCGAGAGUGACAAUGAAUUUUUCCACGAAGCUGAAACUGAAUCCGAUUCCGAUGACAAUCAAAGCACACAAGAUGCACAACGUAGUGUUCAAACGGGUGCAACAGCCGGUUCGGAUACUGGUGUCGUAUCUUUACUUCUUAAUGAAGAUGAUUCAGAUGAUUCAAGCCCACCCGACGAUGGAUCGGAAGAUGGUGAAACGGACGAACAUUCACAAGAGGAUUUCAUUUUCAAUGACGAACAAUUGGAACGUAGAACUACAACCAGUGGAAAUCAACGUAGUAAUUUGGCACCGCAAUCAAUGCAAUGGGCCAUUCGAAAUCGUGAUGCAACACGCUCAACUGUUCGCUUGACGAGUGGUUCUGGUUUGGUUUUCAUUGAUCCAGCUGCAUUGCGUCGUACCACAAAUCAUCCGGUUACAGCAGCACAAGAACCACCAUCAAUGCUUACCACAGCAAGCAGCUUAGCACGUGCAUUUGGCAUUAUUUUACGUCAAGUUUGCCAACUAUUCAAUACCGUUAAUGAGAUGUAUGCAGGCGGAAAUUUACAAAAUUUGAACAUUUCCUAUCAAGAAGCUAACGAACUACAUUUGGCUUUGGAAAGUCGCUUGAAGCCAACAUGGGAUUGGGUCUUGAAUGUGAUGGAUGCAACAGAAGCUCAACUACGUUUUGGUGCAUCAUUGACCCAUUCAACAGAUCCGUCGCAUCCAUUACAUCCGCUUCAUUUGAAUUCAGCUCCUCCGCAAGCAUCAUCGUCAGCCACAUUGAGUGGAUUGAAUGUAAUCGGUGGCAGUUCACAGUCACGCACUCGUUUGAUUGAUUCUUCAAAUUCUGGAAGUCGAAAUAUUCUCAGUGGAAAUACAGACAAUCAACGAAAUUUCGAUCGUGAUAACUACGCACAAUCAUCGCGCCGUGAUUUUCUAACGUAUGCAUUAUCAUUGAUGCGAUCGCAUAGUUCAGAACAUCGUGAUUCAUUGCCCGUUCUCGAUAUAACGGCACUACGUCACAUUGCAUAUGUUGUCGAUGGUAUUGUUUAUUACAUGCGUUCCAGUACCGACAACGACAAAUCGGACAGUAGCUCAUGGACGGAUGCCGAUGAAAAUGAAAACGAUGACAGUGAAUACGAGAUUCAAAUGAACUGUGAUAAUGAAUCAAUCGAUGACGAACUAUCAAAUGCGUCGGGCAGCCGACACACAUUCUUUCAACGUUCAGAAUCGACAUUAUGUUUGGGUUGUCCACCACCCGAUCCAUUUACGUUGCCAAUGAAUGAAGCCUUACCGUUGGCCGAUCAACCGCACUUACUACAUCCGAAUGCAAGCCGUGAAGAUCUUUUUGGAAUUCCAAAACAACCGGACACAUUACGACGAAUAAACGAAGCGUCCGAAGUAUCAUCGCCAUUGGAAUUGCCACCAACACACUUGGGAAUGUCACCGGCGCAACGGGCACCAAAUUCAGGUCUGGUCAAUAAUGUCAACGACAAAGAGGAGUCAAGCAACGAUGUUACACUUCAAGAGGAUCAAUUAAUGUCGAUUGAUUCAGCCGAUGAAAAGAUUGAAAAGAAACCAGAUCAAAAUGAACUUGCAACGGAGACAGUUGGUAAAGCAGGUACAACACCAAACAACAAUCAAAGUUUACCGGGUCCAAGCACAUCGAAAGAGACACCAACACGUCCAGCACCUGAAGGAUAUAAUAUUUAUAUGCAAUUGAAGAAGAAAACCUAUUUCGAUUUCUAUGAAAAUGAAAAACGCACCGAUGGACCACAAGAUUUGUCAAAAGCAAGCGUCGAAUCAAAGGUGGCCAAACUUGAAUUGGACGGUGAUACUGAAAUGAUUGACGCCGAAAGUGAAACAAGAGCAUUUGAUACACAUCAACAAAACAAUGAAUCAACGUCAUCAGGCAACGCCACCAUUCGACCACAAAUCAUUGUUUCACCACGAAAAUCAUCGGCCUUUGCAAAAACCGUUAAAAGUGAAAGUUCAAAUAAAGAAUCGCCAGGCGAUCCGUCAAGCUUUACCAUCACACAAACUGAUUCAAAUUCAAGUGCUUUAACCACAUCCAGUGAAAUGUCCGGACAAAGUAGUUCAAGUUCGCCAUCAAAAAGUGUCAUCGUUCGCGUUGGAUCGUCUGCAUCAUUGAACUUUGCAAAUCAAAAUGAUGUUAUGCAACAUGCCGAAACAAUGGACAUUCAAGAGAUAUCGGCCAAUGUAACGGUCGAAACGAGUCCCGAUUUGAAUGCUACUACACGUCAAGUACAUGAUCCGAUGGCACCGCGUGGUCAAUACUUCCGAGUCACACCAUCUGUGCCAACGCUUUUAUUUGCAACACCACCGCCGCCACCAACAUGGGAUUUAUUGUUGAGCCGAUGGAGAUUAUCGCUUGAUUUAUUCGGUCGAGUAUUUAUGGAAGAUGUUGGUCUAGAGCCCGGUUCAAUUGUUUACGAAUUACGUGGUUUUCCAGUAAAAGAGGCCCGAUUUAGACGACACAUGGAAAAAUUACGAAAUGCACAACAACGCGAUUUAACUUUAUUGAAAAUGGAACGAAAUCGUAGCAAUCUUUUGAUUCAAACAUUCAAAGAAUUAAAUACACAUUUCAAUAAUCAGAAUCGCCGUCUAUUCCCACCACUUGCCUUCAAUCGUGUUAAAGUAACAUUCAAAGAUGAACCGGGAGAAGGUUCGGGCGUUGCACGCAGUUUUUACACAUCAAUCGCUGAAGCAUUGCUCGCCAAUGAAAAAUUACCAAAUCUUGAUGCCGCACAAGUUGGAUCAUCGACCAGUUCAUCGACUGGCAAAUAUUCAAUGCCAUUUGCAGUUGUUUCACGUCAUCGCAUUGGCAACAGCGGUAGCUCAUCAAAUAAUCAAAGCAGUCGCGAUUUAUCAAAUUCAUCGAGUAGCUCAACACGUCGCAUAUCCGGAAAUAAAACAUUAUGGCGACCAAAUCGCGAACCAAAACGAUCACUCAACUAUGAUGCUCGCCCAUAUCGACCAUCCAACUUAACCGAUAAUAGCGGCAACUCAAAUUCAAAUUUAAACGAUCAUCUGCCACAUAAUCUACAACAAUUGGGCGAACGAUUGUAUCCAAAAGUGUUUGCUCUGCAUCCGGCCAAUGCACAAAAGAUUACAGGUAUGCUGCUUGAAUUACCGGCACCGCAACUUCUCAUUAUUCUUGCAUCGGAAGAAACACUUCGACAAAAAGCCGACGAAGCCAUGGACACAAUUCUUUAUCGUCAACGACAAGAAAUGGAUUCGAGCAACAAUGGUUUAGGUAACAAUGCAAGUGGAACAUCAUCAUCGGCUGCGAUCCCACGAACACCAGCCAAACAACGUAUGGAUCCAAUUGUGGUACUUGGAAUGGAUGAAAGUCCAAUCGACGAUUAUGCGCCUUUAUUUUAUUCACCCGGAAAGUGCGGUUAUUAUAGCCCACGCGAAGGUUUCGGUAGUUACGAACGAUUGAAUGCAUUUAGAAAUGUUGGAAGAUUGAUUGGAUUAUGUUUGUUGCAAAAUGAACUAUUCCCAUUGUUCCUGCAACGACAUGUUUUGAAGUAUAUCCUAGGUCGACCGAUACGCUUCCACGAUUUAGCAUUCUUUGAUCCGGUGGUUUAUGAAAGCCUUCGACAACUUGUUUGUGAGUCGACAAAGAACGACGGAGUUAAUAUUCUAGCCAAUUUGGAACUGAACUUUGUAAUUACAUUGACGCCUGAAGAAGGUAACAGUUCGGUUGAGCUCGUCACAAAUGGACGAAACAUUCAAGUGAACGAAGUAAAUGUCUACGAUUAUGUAAGACUUUAUGCAAACUAUCGACUAAUUAAAACACACGAGAAAUCAUUGGAGGCUAUUCGAUCUGGUGUAUUUGAUGUGUUACCAAGUGGUGCAUUAGACUUUUUGACAGCUGAAGACUUGCGAUUACUAUUGAAUGGCGUUGGUGAUAUAAAUGUGAGCACAUUAAUUUCAUAUACAACGUUCAACGAUGAGUCCAGCGAAAGUGGCGAAAAAUUAAUCAAAUUCAAACGAUGGUUGUGGAGCAUCGUGGAAAAAAUGACCAACUUGGAACGACAGGAUUUGGUUUAUUUCUGGACUGGUUCACCAGCGUUACCAGCCUCUGAAGAAGGUUUCCAGCCAAUGCCAUCCGUGACAAUUCGACCGGCCGACGAUGCACAUUUACCAACAGCCAAUACAUGUAUAUCACGACUGUAUAUUCCAUUGUAUUCGAGUAAAGCCGUUCUACGACACAAACUACUGUUAGCCAUCAAGAAUAAGAACUUCGGCUUCGUAUAAAGAGAAGAAAACACAGAAAGUUAAAAAAAAAUGAAACUGAUUGCAUCUCUAGAAAAAGAAAAGAAAAUGGUCAAAUUUACAAAUAAUUUUAUGUAAGAAAUUAAGGAAAAUUUCGUAAAAAAUGAAACUAAAAAACAUUUAUACCGAAACAAAAAAAGCAGAAAAUAAAAAUUAAAAUUUCAUUUAUGCAUAUGUAUACAGUUGAUUUGAGGUUAAA